ACUUUGACUCACAGGAUAUCCUGCUUUCCACAGUUGUGUGCGUGUGGGCAUUUUGUGAGUGUGUGUGCCUGCUGCAGACAGAAAGAGAGCAAUAAGAGAUUGCAUGAGGAGAUACAAGGGAAGGCACUGUUCGUCAGAAAUCCACCUCCACAGAUCCACUGUGGCUGAAUUGAAUAGAAGAUAAUGGGAUCGAAUGACGAUUCAGCACCAAGUGUGAAUGUUAGCAGUAUCAAGAUCACUGAUGUCACACAGGAUGGAGAUACACUAACUUUUGCCAUCACAUCUCAGAAGUCGAGCAGCAGUGCUGGAGUGUGCGUUUUUAGGACAUAUGAGGAUUUUGAGUGGCUUCAGCAGAGUCUUUUCUCUCAGGAGGAUGUUCCAGGACUCCAGGGAGUCAUAUUUCCUCCUCUGCCCGGCAAGCCACUGCCCUCCACCUCACUUUCACAGGCCAAAGCGCUGAAGCAGCUCGGUUUCCUGGCUCUCGGAGAUGAAUGGAUGAUUUACUGUAAGGCUUUAGAGCUUUAUCUCCACCAGGUGGCAGCAAACACCACUCUCAACAAGAGCAAAGCACUCUACAGCUUCCUCAACAGCUCUGAGUCACCUGGAAAACAACGUGGCAAAAAGGGCAUCUUUAACCGCCUCAGUCAGGCCAUGGAGGAGAUGAGGAAGGAGGGUCAUAAGGAUGUGGAUGAGUUCUUUCAGAGCGAGAGAGACAGCAGCACAAACCUUUCAGUUCUGUUUAAAGCAUCCACAGAGAAUUUCCUUGACGUUGUGCUGACCAAGCAAAGACUUGCUUUGGCCUGUGGGCAUUUCUCCACUUCAUUACAUCUUUGUGUAAACCAGGACAAUCCGAGUGCUGUGGCCUUCUCCAAGAUUUGUCUGAAGCUCUCUGAUAUUAUUGAAGCAGUGAAAAUAAACUAUGAAAAAGUGUCUGAUAAUGACAUCUCUACUUUGGGUCUGGGUCUGGAUCUGGAGUCACGCUACCAAGAAGCUAAGAGGGAGAUGCUGUUCAGAAGAACCUGCAAACUAGUGGAGCUGGAAGCUGCCAAUAGGAACUCAGAAAAAGCAAAGCAAAAUAAGAAAGCAAUUAUGGAGGGAGUCCAGAAAGCUACACAGAAGGAGUUUAACAUCAUCUCAUCUGUGGCAAAACAAGAGAUUGAGCAGUACCACAGAGACCGUGUGAGUCUUCUGCAAGAUUUUCUGAUUCGCUGGUGUGAGAAACAGCUCAGCACAGCGCGGGAAAGCUCUGCCCUCUUCUCUCAGCAUCUGGACGCUUGUAAGAAAUUUGCUGUGUAAAGGAACAGUUUUGUAAACUUAAUUGUUUCUGUAAACCGGCAAUUUCAUGCUUUUGCAAAUCCUACAUUUUUAAAUAAAGCAAUAACAAUGAAAUAAUA